AUGAGUCCAUUUCUUGCUGUCUAUGAUGUGGCAGCGAUAUACAUAAAGUACAACGAAGGUUUUCUCAUGAUACCUUACAACGGCAUGAUCAUCACGAAACCCUCUCAAUUUUGGAGCGCUGAAAAUCAGAGAUUGGUGAUUUAUUUCAAUUACAUUCUUUGCAUCAAUUUUAGCAUUCAAACGUGCCUACUGUUCUUGCUUCAGUGCUUUUGGAACUACCUCGCCAACAAUAUCGCGAAAACCACUUUUAUGGGUAGUUUGGAGUUCAAGUCUUACAUUGCAUAUUCAAUAUUCAGCGCGAUCCUGUUUCCAGUCUUACAGUGGAUAUUUCGAGACGACGAUUUUUACACCGAAAUAGUGCCUCAAUUGGCAUUUGGCAUAAUUAUGCUUAUAAUUGGAUUAUUGGGAAUUCGUUCGCACUGGAGAUUUACGAGAUUAUUGAAGAAAACGUCGAAGAGUAGUGCCUCAAAAAUACACAUCAUCACAAAGUUGGAGUAUUUUAAGGAAAUGAACCAAUACUUGUCGUGCGGUCUUUUCGUUGGGUCAACUUCCUUGAUAACUCUGUGCAUCGAUGGAUUCACUCCCACGAGAUUUCUGAACACUCACAAAUUUUAUACCGACUUCUUAAUCUGCCACGUCAAUUUUACCCUGUGGAUCGUCUAUGUCACAUUGAUCCUGAUCUUCUAUCCAUCGUCAGGUACGGCAGGCGAACUGGCUUCAAAAGGCGUUGCCUCUUCGGUUACAAGUAAAUCGGCGAAGAACAAUUUUUUAGAACCUCGCAGCAAGAGGUGGUCAAAAUACAUUCCGGUCACUGAGAUUAGUCCUUGGUCAUCUCAUAUUUCUACUCAAAAUUCUCGAAAUGAAAGUUUGAGUUGGUGCGUGGAUGUACAAGAGGACAAGGGUCGUUCAGUAAAUUCUACCAAAAAUUGUGAAUCCAUACCCUUGGACGUUUUCACGCCACCACUCACACCACCUUCACCUUAUAGACCUCAUUCGACACAUGGUGUCGAAGGGCCUUCGUCGCCUUCGUUUUAUUUUUCAUCUGACACCUUACUUCCAAAUCCUAACUUUCUCACCUUUACCUCUUCACAAUCAUCAUCGCUUAAGGUCGGGAAAUAG